AUGCCGGGGCUGUGCGGGAUGCCGGCGGUGUGCGGGAUGCCGGCGGUGUGCGGGAUGCCAGGGGUGUGCGGGAUGCCGGGGCUGUGCAGGAUCGGGACUGUGCGGGAUGCUGGGGCUGGGCGGGAUGCCGGGGCUGUGCGGGAUGCCGGCACUGUGCGGGAUGCCAGGGCUGUGCGGGAUGCCGGGGCUGUGCGGGAUACUGGCUCUGUGCGGGAUGCCGGGGCUGUGCGGGAUGCCGGGCCUGUGCGGGAUGCCGGGGCUGUGCGGGAUGCCGGGGCUGGGCGGGAUGCCGGGGCUGUGCGGGAUCGGCGGUGUGCGGGAUGCCGGCGCUGUGCGGGAUGCCGGUGGUGUGCGGGAUGCCGGGGCUGUGCGGGAUGCCGGCGCUGUGCAGGAUGCCGGGGCUGUGCGGGAUGCCUGGUCUGUGCGGGAUGCCGGGGCUGUGCGGGAUGCCGGGGCUGGGCGGGAUGCCGGGGCUGGGCGGGAUCGGCGCUGUGCGGGAUGCCGGGGCUGUGCGGGAUGCCGGCGCUGUGCUCACACAGAGGAUGCGGGGACGGGGCGGGGGUCAAGGACUCGCUGCGCGCUGCUGCCUCCCUGCAGCUCCGCUGCGCCCGAGGCCACCGAGGCUGCGGAGAGCCUCGAAGCGCCCGCAGCUCCCCGGGAAAAGCGUGCUGGGAAAAGCGUUUUUAA